AUGCCCCGGGAAAGACGAAGACACGAAAUGCGGAGACGAAGUGAAAGAAGAGUCGAUCUACUAACGCGGCAAAGCCUAGAUCUAACGUGGCGAAUUCUACAACAAUCCCUUGAAAUAUCCCAAAUAAUAAGAGAGCGAGAGAUGAUUUUAAGAGAAGGAAGAGGAGAAGAAUCCAUUCACAGUUCAAGGAGGACAAUUCCUAGUGAUGAUAUAAGAGUGAGAGCCUUUGAAGGCAUUCAUCAAGAAAUACACAGAAUGAGAACACUGGCAAGGGAGAGAAGAAGACGUCGAAACAGAGAUGAAAGAACCCGACUUACUGAAGAGAUGAGGAGGGAGGCGAGAGAGUUGAUGGAUGCCUUUGACACUGUUAAAGUAUCUGUUGUUCAUAUUAAUGAAGUUCCUGUCUGUGUGAUUUGUCUUACUGAAUAUAAUGUGGGAGAAAAUGCCUCCCAAAUGCCAUGUCACGAGAAUCAUAUUUUCCACCCGGACUGUCUUCUGCAAUGGUUAGAAAGGAAGAAAAACUGCCCACUAUGUAAAACGCUUGUGUCUUAUCCAUAUCACCAACCGUUUUCAGUGCCACCUUGA